CACGUUGUGAGAAAGAUUAGCCAUGGAAUGCAAUGCAAAUUUAACUAACCUUUGAAACUGUUAUUGUAGGCAUUACCAUAUUUUUUAUGUUCAUUUUCAAAUUGUCUGCUUAUCUAACAGAGUCGAAAAUAGGUUCCAAUAAUUAAAAAAAAUUCAUUCUAGGGUUUGCAAGUAUUGAUUCGUUAAUAAAUGAUUUUGAAGCACCUGUCUCAAUUAAUGCUACGAGAACUGUUCCAUUUAUUUCAAUAUUUACAUAUGGCAUCAUCAACUAACUGGAUAACAGGCAAUGGUAGACGCUCCUCAGGUGUAUCAUGCCCGUCAUCUAGUUUAAAUGUUUAUUGUUAUGCUUAUUUUGAGGGGAGUAUCGUCCCUGUGAUAGGUGCUGUUUCUUUAGAAAGCAAUACGCUUUUGUAUGAUUAUUUCUGUUGCAGUAAAAACACUUACCCUGUGCAGGUGCACGGGAAUUCCAACCUUGACGUUGAGGAGUGUCCAACAUGUCCCACUCAGGUUCACCUUGUUUUUGUCUUGGAUGCCAUUGUCGCUGUUGUUGUUGUUCCAAUUUUGCUGUUACGUAGCAAAGAUCCUUGACUCAUCUUGUAAAUUCAUGCUAAUCACUUGAUCGGUUGAUCGCCGCAACGGAUAUUGAUGUGCACGAAUAAUUUGUAGCUUCUUAAGUUUUUGCAGCUUUGACAGCUUCAUCAGAAGUUGUUGGUUUAGAUUUUAU